AUCGGGAGCGCGCGCGGAGGCGGUCCGGGGCUACCUCGCUUCUGUCGGCUGUUUGCUGCCUCCGCGCUUUAAAUAUCCAGGACGCCGCCGUGUGAGGAGCCUCUUCUCUCGCCUAGCUUGGGAUUAACCACGCCGCAUCGCAGCAUCGACGGCCGAGCGCCAGCAGGGCCCACGAUGUCCAGUGAAGUGCAGAGACCGGACGACAGCCCCAGCACCAGCGGGGGAAGCUCUGACAUUGAACAAAGGGAGUCCGUCCCGCCGGAACAGGAGCGCGAGCAAGCACAGCCCAAAAAGAAGGAGACCAAGAUUUCGAGUAAAACCGCUGCUAAACUUUCAACUAGUGCCAAGAGGAUUCAGAAGGAGCUUGCUGAAAUUACAUUAGACCCCCCUCCAAACUGCAGCGCCGGCCCCAAAGGAGACAACAUUUAUGAGUGGAGGUCCACCAUCUUGGGACCGCCGGGCUCCGUGUACGAGGGUGGCGUCUUCUUCCUGGACAUCGCCUUCACACCUGACUACCCCUUCAAACCCCCCAAGGUGACUUUCCGUACGAGGAUCUAUCACUGCAACAUCAACAGCCAGGGCGUGAUCUGUCUGGACAUCCUGAAGGACAACUGGAGCCCCGCCCUCACCAUCUCCAAGGUGCUGCUGUCCAUCUGCUCCCUGCUCACAGACUGCAACCCAGCUGACCCCCUGGUGGGAAGCAUCGCCACACAGUACCUGACCAACAGAACAGAGCAUGACAGGAUAGCCAAGCAGUGGACCAAGAGAUACGCCACAUAGACCACACCCUCUUUGCUGCGAACCACACCCCCUUUGCAUCCCGCUCCUCCCCCACUGUACCACUCUCUACCUCUUUCUCGCCCUUCGUCUGUCAAAGCACACUCACUAAGUGCAUCAGAAUACCUGAACCCCCCCCCUCCUUUUCUUCUUCCCGCUCUUCUCCCUCCUCCACAUUUUAUCCAACUUUUCUGUGUUAAAAAAAAGAUAAGAAUAAACAACACAAAAAAUGUC